AAUCAUUAAACAUGAUUAUGAAUGAAAUGCAAAGCUGUGCAGUCCACACAAGCACUAACGCUCGAGAACGUAACCGCUUUAGGAAUUGACGACAACUUCGAACCUACGCAACUCAACGCUUACUCUAAAUGCCGUAGCUCCUCAGUUGGCUGGUACUGUGUCCAAUAUACCGGUGCUGAAGCACUACUCUCUGCCUUUUAUACACUGCUCUUUGGUUAUGCGUGCCUACGCGCUCUACCGUGUGCUGGUUUAUUUCUGUGAAUGACGUAAUGCCAAGAGCUUUAGCAGCGAGCAAAGCAGUCGUACACAACUGAAACACACACACACAAGCGCUAGCAAACAGCCAACCUAACAGAUCCAAUAGCAACGACCAACAGACGGGCACAAAGAGCCCAGCUAGCAAAUCCACGUAUAUUUUAAAUCCAAAUGUUAUAAAUGUACACAAAGACUACAAAAACAAUGCAUACGAAAAAAUGGGGAAAAAAUGACACGCGCAAGCGGCUAAAACGCUCGUUGUUGGUAGUCAUUUUGGCGUUUUAUGAUUUUUUUUUGUAUUGAAGCUGGUUUCAUGCUUUUCUUACAUACGUUUAAUGUGUUGUACACACACUUCUUGUAGUUUUGUCCAUUGUUGUUAAAGCUUGCGACAGUGGCGGAGGCGCUGCUGCAACGGUUAUUAUUGUUGUUGUGUGGGUUGUUCAUAAUUUUUUGGUUUUGCUCUUUCCCUCAACGCUGUUGAUGAUUACCCCACAAGUUUUUGUAGUUUGUGUCUAUGGGAAGUCGCCACAACAUUGUGCGUUGCCUGAAAUUUGGUCAAUGACCCAUCACACCACUGUUACUCUCCGACAUGCUUUGAUACAACUUAUUUUUACGUUGAUGACGUCGCUAAUGCAACGCUAUUUUUUAUUGUUUAGUGUAGAUAACUUCGUUUGUUCUUGUUGUAGGCUGUUUGGUUGGCAAAAAUUUAACAUUUGCAGCACGCUACUAAGGAUUUCGCAAUGUUAUGGGGUAACGGGUGGGGGGAGGCUAUAAUUUAAAACUGAAGUAUGACCCCAUUAUCGCUACACACACGUGAUGGUAAUUUAUCGAUUUCCUGAUUACUUGCAAUAUUGUCAACUGCACUGCACUUAUUGUUGUGUCUGGUUGGAUCAUAGUUUAAAAAUAAAUGCUUACUGAUUUGAAUGGUAAAAUUACACAAUUCGUAAGACUUUCUACAUAAAAAAGAUGUCAGUUUGCAUAUAAAGCUCCUGUAAAGCAGUAGUGCUUCAAAGUGUCUGGCGGCAAGCGCAUGUGCUGGUUAGAGUGUUAAUCAGAUUAUAUACAUAAACUGGGGUCUUAUACAGCUCACUAAAGAAAUGCUCAAAAAAUGUCAACGGCAACAUAGUUAAACGCCAGGCAGCGUCUGCAACAUAACCUAAAAUACGCUAAUUGCAACAAAAAAUAAAUAAAAGUGAAUGUCAGUUGUCACAACUAGUGAAACAAGUGUUCGGAAAGCCGGCCAAGCAGCCUCAAGCAACAUUUAACAAUACACACCCACACCCACCACUGAAAAGCACAAUAUGGCCUCUCUACAUGCCACCAAUUCAUGUAACAGCAGCAGCUGCAGUGCCGCUCUGGCCAACAAUAAGCCGCUAACACCAACAAAAAACACAGUUAAACUAUUGAAUGGCAAAAGUAGCAGUGAUUGUGGUGUUGUUGCUGCCUCAAAUGCGCCAACCAACAACAACAACAACAGUAGUAAAAGUUACAACAAUUUGAGCAGCAAUGUUGAGCAGCUUUUCAAUUCCGCUUUGAAGGCAUUACAUUUGCCACAAUGUGUUGGUGGCGGCACGGCGGACAGUGGUGUUGGCGGCGGCGGUGGCAAGAAAUCGCCCGGCAAAGUGAAAACAAAUGGUGAAAAUAAGUUGACAUUGGUGGUGCAGAAGUGUGCGAAGAACAUUGACAUUGCCGCUGCAGCGGCAGCGGAAGAUGAUGACAUUGAAUAUGAGCAGCACGAUUUGGCGGCGCAAGAGGCGCAGCAGCCAGACGCUGACAGUGUGCAACUGCGCUGCGCCUGUCCGGCUGUCCAUGCAACUAGCACAGAUGCGAGUAAUGUGAAUAAUAAGAAUAGAACCAUGACAGUUACGACCACCUUUCGCAGCAGCAGCACAUCGGCGCUCAUGACGGCGGGUCAUAUGCGACCACAAACGUUGAAUGUGCAUCAUUUGCGCGAGACGCCAUCGGAUCAAACGCAGAUUUUCAUACGAGAAGUUCUUAACGCUUGGCGUGCCAAAGCGCGUUGCAAUGUCGUGCCGGCGGAGCGCACACAGGAGCUCUUCCAUGAGCUGAGUUUCCAUCCGAGUGAGAAGCAAAUCACCGAAAUGCUACAAACAGCCAAAUUGUUGGCACGCAAAAGCAGCCGCCAAUCGAAUGGACUAACUUUUGGUGAAUUUUGUGUGCUGGCAGCCGAUCUAAAACGCUUUCGCACAUCGACUUUCUCGCCGUCGAUUUGUGACAAGGUAAAUCUAUUAAGCUCUCUACAGCAGGAAAACAAUGACAAUAGCAGUCGUGUUGUUGAGCCUAAUAACGGCACCCUGUGCCACACGGCAACAACAACAGCAACGGGCACCGAAUUGCGUAGUACAAAAUCCUUAAGUAAUGUCGAAGACUGUAAGCGAAAAUUGUCCAAGAGCGACACAUCGGCACCGGUUGAGGUAUUCCUAGGCGGUUCAUGUAAUCCCACCACCUGGCGGGCCGAUGUCGCUAUACCAGCGUUGAAUGAACUGGGCAUUUCCUUCUAUAAUCCCCAAGUAUCUGAUUGGACGCCUGAUCUCAUCGAGCUGGAGCAUCGCGCCAAAGAGAAGGCGCGAGUUUUGUUCUUCGUUAUGGAUUCGGAGACGCGCGCUUCUGCUGGUGCCAUUGAGGCGGCACAUAUAGCGGGUCAAAACUGCAAGCAGCUGGUGUUGGUACUACAUCCAUAUAAACGUAAUCAAUCUAUACUUAAUGAGCAAAUAUCCCAGCAAGAAUACAUUGACCUCCGGCGCAAUCAGUUAAUAUUGAAGGAAUUGGUCACACGUCGUGGCCUACCAGUUAUGGAUGAUAUACCAUCGGGUCUGCAGCGCACCAAAGACAUUUUGGCUGGCAUUAGAGAUCCACCCUCGAAUAUAGCAACGAUUUUAGUUGUCGUGCGUGGCGCCUUCGAUCGCGUUAAUCCCGUGAACGGCACCAUCACAGUUGUACAAUGUCAACGCGCUCUCUUAUACUUAGGUUACGCUCAGAGUCUAGUUAAAUUAGACAAUUUAAAUAAGAUAAUCGCCACACAACGCGAAACGUUGGAAGCGCUACAAAAACGCAGUACAAAAUCUGGUGCUCAGCCAGAGCUUAACAGCAGUGAGCAUGCCACUAAGAAGAGCUCAUCCGCAUCAUCGUGCAGCUCCGACACACCCACAGCUUCGUUGAACGAAACAUUGGAUGUCGACUUUGAUUUAUUCUGCGUGAUUUCGGCUUAUCUCUCAGUGCUGCAGCAGGAAAUACAAGAAAGUGGUUGCAUUUCGCCCAUUAAGGGUACAAAUGUGCCACCACCGCCGGUCUAUCUUACCAAUAUGCAAGGUGACGAAAGCAAUUUCGCUAUCAGCUAUUUCACCAGUAAAAAUAUUUCACGCACCUCCAGUCAAACUAGCGUACCCGGCAGCGAUGAACGUCACAGCAGCACGGAUUUGUUGAGUCGCAGUCGUGAUAGUGGCACCUCCUCACCGCAACCGUUAGAUCAACCGAUGAAAUCACGUUCGGCCGCACAGUUAGGUAAAGCAAAAACAAAAAUUCUUGUCAACAUCGAAUCUAUAGAAACAACCGAAAUCACAACAACUAUCCAAACUGCUCAUACACCAACAACACCACCUAAUACUUCUACCACUACCGCCACAGCUUAUCCAAUAUUGAGCGCACACUCAACAGCCGCAGCAGCAUAUCCGCUGGCGCAGCUGAACGCCAGCGCCGCACAACUACACUCAACCUAUCCGGAUAGCAGCGUCACAGCGGAGGAGGAGAGCGAUUCCAAUGAUUCGGUAUUCUCAUCCAGCAGUUCCAUUAAUUCGGUCAAUUGCAAUUACGGUGGCAAUAAUGAGUUCUUAACCUUCGCCGGCACCGAUUUCCGUGAUGUCUACCUUGGUGGCAGUUGCUUUUUGCGCACCAAAUGGCGUCAAGACAUCGCUAUGCCGUAUUUGAAGACGAAAGGCGUCACCUUUCAUCUGCCCGCGCUGCAUGAGAGUUUGCAAGCAACACAGCUGGACAGCAGCUUGCCGGAUAAAGUGUACGAGGAUGCACGUCAAUUGGGCGCCGCACAGGAGAAGUCACUAAAGCGUACACGUCGAAAAUAUCGUGGCGCCGCUUUGGAAGAAGAGGAAGAGGAAGAGCUGACCGUGUCGGAGGAGACCUACAGCUGGGCGUUGCCACCGAUGCGUCCGAGUUUGUACAAUCCAGCGUUGCUGGAUGCCAGUCGCGUGCUGUUGUUCGUCAUCACGAAUGAGACGCGCUCGUUGGCGCCCAUGACGCUGGCGGCGCAUUGCAUCGGCUUGAUGUACAAUGUGGUGUUGGCCGUGCAAAUGCUGCCCGACGAUUGUGUGAUCAACAAUGAGAAGCUCACGCCGGCUGCUAUUAAGGAUUACAACCGCGGUCGUUCGUACCUUAUCGAUUUGGCCAAACGUCAGGGUGUGCCUGUUUUUAGCGAUUUGAAGGCAGCUUUGGAAUGUACUGUGGACAAGAUCAAGGCGUGCAACUCGCGUGGCAGUCGCUAUGAUUGAAGUGUUGUAGCAAAAAACAAAAACAAAUGCACAAAACGCAACAACAACACGCUCACAGUCGCUAAGCGCAGUUUACCACACACACGCCUACGUCAAGUACCUACAAACAAACAAAUAUAAACAAAUAUGGGCAGCAGAUUUUAGCAGAAUUUUUUCAAACUACAUAUAAACUAUAGAUAGAUACAUAUAUAUGAACGAUAUAUAUAUAUAUUUAUAUAUACACUAAAUAUUAAUUACUAGUAAUUCCGCGUGAAUACAACUUUUACUUAACUACAUUUGUAAUAGUUUAAUAAUUUUUUUUUUAAUUGUAUGAUGAUGCUUCAAUACUAUUUCAACAUAGUUACUUAGCUGAUAAAAUGGAAAUUGAACGCGCAUGCGUACACGUUUUGUACGCUUUAGUUGCCUUAACUGUACGCCAAGCUACUAAUUCUUACCAUAUAAGUGCUCUAUAUAUAUUUUAACUUAAUUUAAUUUAAUUACACUCUAAUUUACAUAUACACAAACACACAUAUACAUACAUAUUUCUAAAUAUAAUUGUCUUUAAACAAAACAAAACAAAAAAAAUGCCUGUAUAUACAAUGCAAACAACAAAAAAUGCUAAAUCAAUUUUAAAAUUACAACAAUUUUACAUACAAUUAGCAUAUAACAUAUAUUAAUAACAUACAUACAUAUAUACGUACAUCUAAACAAACUAAAAUAAUAUCUAAUAAUAAUUACCUAAAAGCCUAACUUAAAUAAAUGAAUAUACACAUAAAUAUAUACAUAAAUACCUUAAAUAUACAAUUACCUACUAUACUAGCCUGGUAAUUUUAAGCGUGAUGAUGUUUGCUAAUAAUAAAACAAAUACAAGUGUAUGAGUUAACACAACAAA